AUGGUGAUCAUGUCCGAGUUGAGCGCGGCCCCCGCGGGCUCGGGCCAGGGCCAGCAGAAGCCUCUCCGCGUGGGCUUCUACGACAUCGAGCGGACCCUCGGCAAGGGCAAUUUCGCUGUGGUGAAGCUGGCCCGGCAUCGAGUCACCAAAACGCAGGUUGCAAUAAAAAUAAUCGACAAAGCACGAUUAGAUUCAAGCAAUUUGGAGAAAAUCUAUCGGGAGGUUCAGAUCAUGAAGCUUCUGAAUCAUCCUCACAUUAUAAAGCUCUAUCAGGUUAUGGAAACGAAGGAUAUGCUGUACAUUGUCACUGAAUUUGCAAAAAAUGGAGAAAUGUUUGAUUACUUGACCUCCAAUGGGCACCUGAGCGAGAGCGAAGCCCGGAAGAAGUUCUGGCAGAUUCUGUCAGCCGUGGAGUACUGCCACAGCCACAACAUCGUCCACCGGGACCUGAAGACGGAGAACCUGCUACUGGACGGCAACAUGGACAUCAAGCUGGCGGAUUUUGGGUUUGGGAAUUUCUACAACUCAGGAGAACCACUGUCCACGUGGUGUGGGAGCCCCCCGUACGCAGCCCCAGAGGUCUUCGAGGGGAAGGAGUACGAAGGCCCCCAGCUAGAUAUCUGGAGCCUGGGCGUCGUGCUGUAUGUCCUCGUGUGCGGGUCUCUGCCCUUCGAUGGGCCCAACCUUCCGGCGCUACGGCAGCGGGUGUUAGAGGGCCGGUUCCGCAUCCCCUUCUUCAUGUCCCGAGACUGCGAGACGCUGAUCCGCCGCAUGCUGGUGGUGGAGCCCGCCAAGCGCAUCACCAUCGCCCAGAUCCGGCAGCACAGGUGGAUGCAGGCCGAGCCCGCGCUGCUGCUGCCGGCCUGCCCAGCCUUCUCCCUGCUGGGCUACACGUCCAGCCUGGGCAACUAUGAUGAACAGGCCCUGGGCAUCAUGCAGACGCUGGGCGUUGACCGAAAGAAGACAGUGGAGUCACUGCAGAAGAGAAGCUACAACCACUUUGCAGCCAUUUAUUACCUCCUCGUGGAGCGGCUGAAGGAGUACCGGCUCGCCCAGCCAGCCCGCCCUGGCCCUGCCCGGCGCCAGAGGCCCCGGAGCACAGAGCUCAGUGGUUUCGAGGUACCUCAGGAAGGCCUCCCAGGAGACGCUCUCCGCUCCGCCCUGCUGUGCACGCAGCCCCAGACCCUGGGGCAGUCUGUGCUACAGGCCGAAAUGGACUAUGACCUCCACAGCUCCCUGCAGCCCCUGCUGCUCCCCGUGGACACCAGCUGCGGCGGCGUGUACUGGCAUCGCUCCGUCUCCCCCAGCAGCCUUCUGGACACGGCCAUCAGUGAGGAGGUCAGGCUGGUCCCGGGCCUGGAUGAGGAGCAGGAGGUGCAGGAGCCCCCGCCCAGCAGCACAGGCCGGAGGCACACGCUGGCCGAGGUCUCCACCUGCUUCUCCCCGGGAGCCCCGCCAUGUAUUGUCGUCUCACCCUCCGCGGCCAGUCCUUGUGAAGGCACCAGCUCAGACAGCUGCCUGACCUCUGUGGGCGAUGGCCUCGCUGGGCUCAGUGGACACCUAGCUGCUCAGGGGCUGGUGGGUGCCUGCUCCCCUCUCAGGCUGGCCUCACCACUCCUGGGCACCCAAUCUGCCACCCCCGUGCUGCAGACGCACGGGGCCCUGCGAGGAGCUGCCCUAUUGCCCGUCAGCUUCCAGGAGGGCCGGAGAGCAUCGGACACCUCGCUCACUCAAGGGCUAAAAGCCUUCCGGCAGCAGCUGAGGAAGAAUGCGAGGACCAAGGGGUUCCUGGGGCUGAACAAGAUCAAGGGGCUGGCACGCCAGGUGUGCCAGCCCUCGUCCUCCAGCCGAGCCUCCCGGGGCGGCCCGCAUGCUUUCCAGCUGCCCGCACAGAGUCCGGGCCUGCACAGCGGUGGAGCCGGCAGCUGGGAGGGCAGGGGCAUGCUGGAGGAGGUGCUGCAGCAGCAGAGGUUGCUCCAGUUACAGCACCAUACGACGGCCCCAGCCAGCUGCCAGCCAGCCCCCUUGGCCCUCGCCCCCUGCGACGGCGCCCUCCUCAUGCCAGGACUGCAGAAGGAGGUGGGGCUGGGCCCCAGCCCUUUGCUGCCGCCGCACGUGCUCCAGGCUGGCGUCUCCCCAGUGGCCUCGGCCGCCCAGCUCCUGGAUGCCCACCUGCACAUCAGCAGCUCCACGGCUCCCAGCCCUGCCAUAGCGGCCCCCCAGCCACGCUUUGCCAUGCUGCCCGUGAGCCUGGAGCCCGCGGGGCUGCCCCACGGGGACUGUGAGAUGGAAGACCUGACCUCGGGCCCGCUGGGCACCUUCGUCCUGGUGCAGUGA